AGAUGGCUCAUCGGUCGUUGUUAUUGUUGGUGGCAAGUUUGUUGUUGUUGUCGACAAUAUGGACGGUUGACGCGGAGUUCUCGCCUUUCGAUAUGGUAGAUGACUACGUUGGAAACUUCAGAUCUAAAUUGGAUUUGUUGAAGAGGAAGUCACUGGAGCAGAGGAUUUCACAGGAUUUUGAUUUUCUCAUGCACAAUGAGACGCUGGCGUUCGGGGAAGCGGAAGAAUUCGACUUCAUAAUAGUAGGCGGCGGCGCCUCGGGAGCCGCCCUGGCCAGCCGCCUCUCGGAGGAGCCUAAAUGGCGGGUGCUGCUGCUGGAGGCGGGUGGCCCGGAAACGGAAACGACGCGGGUGCCGGCCAUGCAUCCCCAUUUGCUGACGUCACCCUACACCUGGGGAUACCUGACGGUCCCGCAGAAAUCCGCCUGUUUGGGAAUGGUCGACAAGAGAUGUUCCAUCAUAACGGGAAAAGCUCUAGGAGGAGACACCUCCAUAAACGAUAUGCUCUUCACUAGAGGUCAUCCGAGGGACUACGAUAUUUGGUCGGAUAAGGGUCUCAAGGGAUGGUGCUGGGAGAGCGUCUACCCCUACUUCAAGAAGAUGGAGAACGCCUUCCUCCAUCACGAAUUCGACAAGAAAUUCCAUCACUACGGAGGCCCCGUCCACCUGGAAAACCCACCUCACUCGGACUACUCGCUCGCUGCCCACCUGUUGCAGGCAGGCCAUCACAUCGGCCUGGACACCAUCGACUACAACGGCAAAGAGCACCUAGGACUAGGCAUCCCGCAAGUCAUAACGAGCCACGGCAAGAGACACAGCGUCGCCAAGGCCUACUUAGAGCAUGCGCACCAUAGGCCCAACCUCGUCAUCAUACCGAACAGUCACGUGCUCGAGGUGCUAGUCAGCCCGCACACCAAAGAGGCCAGCGGUGUCAAGUACUUUCACGACGGCAAGGUGUACAUGGAGAAGGCCUGCAAGGAGGUUAUUUUGGCUGCGGGGGCCAUCAACACUCCUCACAUUCUCAUGCUAUCAGGUAUCGGUCCCAGAGAAGUCCUGGAGCCGUUAGGCAUCCCAGUAGCGGCAGAUCUCUGCGUAGGCUGCUUUUUACAGGACCAAAUCUCCUUCAUGGGCCUCAACUUCGUCUUCGAUCUCCCUCUCCAUGACUCCGUACACGAAACGCUUCACGACCCCAUCCACAACCCCAUCCACGAGCCAAUCCACAUUCCCAUCCACGAGCCCAUCCACGAGCCCAUCCACGAGCCCAUCCACGAGCCUAUCCACGAGCCCAUCCACGAGCCCAUCCACGACCCCCUACAUCCCCAUGUAGAUCCAAUUCGCGUGUUCCGUCAUGGCUUAGAUGCCCGUAUCUCAAUCCCAAUCGAACACUUGGAGCACCUUGAAGAGGAUGUCGCCUACGAAGAACACCUCCAUCGCGCCAUCUCUCUGGAUGGUCAUCACGAAGCUAACCACGUGCUGCCACCGCUAACCAAGCCUAUGGAAUACCACGUCGAAGAAAAGCUGUUCGAGGAACACAGCGAGAAGGAACAUCACAAUCGCGCCAUCUCCCACGAUCGUCAUCACGAACCAAACCACGUGCUACCACCUUUAAUUGAGCCUAAGGAAUACCACGUAGAAGAAGAUCUGUUCAUGGAACACAGCGAAGAGGAACUGAUAGAUUAUUUGAGGUAUGGCAAAGGACCGCUGAGUACUACCGGUCUGGAGGUGGUAGGGUUCGUCAAGACCGCCCAUUCCAGAGAUAGGACUCCGUAUCCUGAUGUGCAGUUCUUGAUCAAGAGGAUCAAAUAUCCAGCUUGCCACCACUUCAGAGGCCUCAACUUUAGACCCGACCUCCACGACUCCUUCUGCAAACAUCACCAACCCUUGGAAGGCUUCAACGUCGAGGUGGUGCUGCUGCAUCCCGUUUCCAGAGGCUUGUUGACGUUGCACGACAGAGAUCCUUUCCACCAGCCGCGGAUCAACCCCGAAGCGCUGAACGACGAAGACGAUAUCGACGUAGAAACGCUCCUGGCGGGGGUGCACGAAGCUCUCAAGCUGGCCGAGAGUCCGGCCCUGCACGAGUUGGGGGCGCGGUUGGUGCACGAGAGGGUGCCCGAGUGUGACUUGGGGCACUUCGAUGAUGAGUACUGGAGGUGUGCAAUAAGGCAUAUGUCAGUGACCAAAGGCAAUGUGAUCGGCACCUCGAGGAUGGCGUCGAUGAUGGAGAAGGGCGCCGUCGUCGAUCAAGAGUUGCGCGUCUACGGCGUCCACAAGCUCAGGGUGGCCGAUGCCGGGGUCAUCCCCAACGGCAUGUCGGGCAAUCUGAUGGCUCCGGAAAUCAUGAUAGGCGAACGAGCGGCCGACCUCAUCAAGAAGGAAUGGAUGAUAUGAAAUUGUGUGCGAGUUGUUAUGUAUUAUGUGCUGAGAAGAAUUCUUGAAAUUUGGUCUCGCGCAUCAUCAUUGUACAGACAUUUUUCAGAAACCAUGUUCAAAGAUAUAAUUUAAUACUCAAGGAGUUCAUUUCAACUUUGAAACUAUGCAUCUAGGAGUAAAUAAUUAUUUUGAUAUAUUCUUUAGUAUUCAGUUGUUAAACUGACUUGCAAACCGGCGUACAGU